GUUUUACUCAUAAAAAUAAUAAUUUUCGUCCGAUCGGCAUAGGCGCCUUCCGUCCGUGUAAUUACAGCCAACCGUACACCAGAAAUAGUACACCGAAAGUUGACGAUUCGUUUUUUUACUUUAUACCUAUUUUCCGUGUGCUCGUCCGGCGUAAAUUAGAACAGUUGUUGGUGCGCGACACCCAUGCAUAUUUAAGAUCCACAUUGGGUGCAAGUGGUUACAACCCAUUAUUGCUCGCAAUAACUUAACGACAACUUGUGCGUACCGUCGUCAAUGAGACGAGGCGACGUGGCCGAGGUUGCCAUGCCACUAUCGAUUAGCGCCAGUGCGCGUCUUCGUGCACCCUCUACUCCUCGCGGAGGAGGAGGAGGUGGACUGUAGUACCGAUGAUGGGACGCGUCGAAGGGGCGUGGAUAUGCAAUGACGCACAUCAACCAACAACGAUGAGCCUCCGCGAGAGACGUACAGGUUUUUCUCGGGGGAUUCUUUCGUUCGACGCCCGAUGCUUUUUAGUUUGCCAUCGAAAGUAACGAGGAUGAUGCCGAGAGUGUUUAUGUUGUGCUGCUGCCGUUGUUGGUCUUGUUGUUGUUGUUGUUAUGGUGAGAAGCCGGUGGUGCAGUUCAGCGCGGCAGCGUAGGGGACUCGGACGCACAAAGCACUGCAGAUGCUACUCAAAGAAGGUGCUCCUGGAUCGCAGACGAAAAAUCGGGGACCGGCAGUAACGGAGCCGGAGGCUACAGGUACAAGAUUAAGGCAGCGGUGGUGGUGGUGGUGGUGGUGGUGCGGCCGUCAGCAGUUGUCCUAGCAGGAAGAAGGGCAGCCGUAGCGGUAGCAGCUUCGGUCGAGCUGUACGUCGCUAUGUCAAGGGGUGUCGUCCUCCGGCAUGCGAGAGGCGAGCACCCGCGGAAGCCGCUUCAGCAGCAGCAAAGCCACCGCCACCACAGCAGCAACAACAACGACAGCAGUAUCAGGCGCCAGGAUUCUGCGGCACCGGUUGGUCGCUCGUCUCUCGCGCUACUGUUCGCUCCAGGAGGUCGGGGCCCUCGGGCCACCGGAGCAGCGACGUUUUCGGCGCAUCAACGGUCUCCAGUUGCCGCUGCACCCCCAGCAGGUGCUCGGCUGGCUCUGCAUAGGGGCCAUCUGCCUCGGGACCUUUGCCUUUGUGAUUCCGCCCCUUGGGCCGCCCGAGUUUCGGUCAAAGGUAGCCGGCUUCGUGCUCGGAGCCCUCCUGGUCCACCUGGUCUCGCACUGCGUGGCCGCACUCCUCGAUCCUGCUGAGCCGGCGGUGCGCCAACAACCGGCCAGCAAACCUGUCCCCGAGUUCGACCGCAGCAAGCACCUGCACGUCAUCGAGAAUGGACGCUGCCACCUGUGCAACAUCAACGCCUCGGGUCCGCGCACCAAGCACUGCUCGCUCUGCAACAAGUGCAUAACCCGUUUCGACCACCACUGCAAGUGGCUCAACAACUGCGUGGGCGGCCGCAACUACGCAGCGUUCAUCGUUUGCCUGGUCUCGGCCAUCGCCGGGGCCUUGACGAUCGUCUGCCUAUCCGCGGCUGAGCUCAGCUGCCUCGUGCGCCACCACGAGUUACUAGCCAGCAACACCACGAAUAACAAAAAUAGCAGCGACAGCCAUCAGCUGCAACCGGACGUUGACGCCAACAACGCCACCGACUUCGACAUCGGUAUGGACAACGUCACGUUGCCGAUCAGUUUGCCGCUACCCGGCACCGGCUCCCUCAUCGUCAUCUCGAUCGUCGGCAUCCUAUCGGCCAUCGCUGCCGUCCUCCUCAUUCACCUCUGCUUCUUCCACGGCUAUAUCGCCUUCCUCGGGGUCACGACCUACGAGUACGUGCGCAACAAGCAGAACAGGCAGAACAACGCCCUGCUGCAGCAAACCAACGCCGCUGCCGCCCCCAACAACAACAACCAAACGUCCGAGUCGAACAAUCGAGCGGCUCCCUUUCACGGCCUACCCCCGCGCUACCACUGCUGUGAGAACGUCAACCCUGCCGAGGCCGCGGCGCGCACCGACUCCCGCAACAUCUACAUAUGCUCGACCCACACAUCGAGCACUACGACGGCCCAGAUAAUCCAACACCAGAGCCAAAACGGCCCGGUCGGCGUGCCCAACGACAACAACACCACGACGACAACUACAACGACGACGACGACGACCACCAUCCAGCGCAGCGACCUCGAGAAGGAGCGGCGCAACUUCCACCUCUACUUCUCGUACGACUCGCGCUUCGACGAGACCUCGAUACAGCUGACGUCCUCGAGCCAGCAGCAGGCGGCGAUCAACGGCAACGGCCACCCGCGCCUCCAACUCCAGCAUCAAUCCACGGAGCGUCCGUCCCUCGAGCUGAUGAAGCCGUCGACGCCCUCGCCCGUGUCCUGCUGCUUUUCCCUCAUGGGAGCCCCCUCCGCCACCGACAAGGCCAAGCAGCGCAAGCUCCGCCAGGCCCAGGCCGAGGGCCUCGUCGACGCCAACAGCGUGGCCAGCAGCGCCGACCGGAACAUCAGCGCUCGGCGCUCCUGCACGACGAUGCGCCGCAUCCAGACGUUCUUGCGCAAGCACGCCCGGCUCCGCAAGAACACCCGCCAGCGCGCCAUAAGCGCCGAAGCUUGCGGCACGGCUCGCAAAAACCGGGUCAAUCCCCAUCCAUCCCCGGCGCCGGUCGAGGAGACGCCGUCCGUGAGGUCGAUCACCGUCGAGCCCCGGGACGACCACCAACGCUUGUCGCCGCUCCCCAUGGUCCAGCAGUUGCACCAGCAGGUGCCGUCGCGGUUGCCGCCUCUGUCGCUGCCGGCGCGUCCCAGGCUCGGAAGUACGGAGCUCGUGCUGGCUGAGCCCGCGGCUCUGGUCGGGGGUCUGGCUGCCAAGCGCAACCAAGCCAACCACUUGAGGGUGCGCAGGGCAUCGCUCGGGCACAAGAGGCCGAGGUUCAAGGUCGGUCCGCACCUCGCCCAGUCGGCCCAGCUCUCGCCCAUACCCGAGUCCGAGCUGUCGAAGCCCGCCUCGCCGAGGUCCCCGCCGCUCAGCCACUUCACCUUUCCCCCCUUGAGCAGCUCUUAAUCUGCCACUCCUCCCUUUGUAGCUGUACGGGUUUUCAAGGGCGCGGCUACUGAUGCCACGCGCCGUGUUUUUGUGAUUAUCUCAUAUACCGAGUGCACACUCGAGAUACUCAAAGAUAAGUACUUGUAUGCGCUUACGCGAAGCAUAAGCACGUCGCGUCAUCUCCCUCCCGUUUUUUUUUCUCCCCUUUCAAGUAUACUUGUACCCUACCCAUGUGUCAGAGUGAUGAACUUUGCAAGUAGGAGGUACUUAACGUAUACACAUUAUUAUACAUUGUAUCGGUAAACAAGAGAGUUUUUAAUCGUCAAUUUUGCCGGGCAAGACUCGGGCUUUUACAUUGUAUACAUGCCGAGGAAAAUAGAAUUUUAAUACUUUUUCAUACUUAUUCGCGAUGACGCAGUAAUUACGUAUAUAGUAUGUAGUUGUACACAACUGUAGAUGAAAAAUCGAUCCAUAAAAAGAAUAUAUAUAUAUAUAGCAUGCGUUACAACUAAUUGCAG